AUGGCUUUUACUGAAAUCACCGUCUCCCCGAGCGCGCCGAUGCCCCAUGGAUACAAGCUUCUACGCAAAGGCUACCCGUUCAUGACCGCGCUCUGCCGCCGCAAAACCCUCGCGGCGGGCCAAACGUUGUACGUCGUGCGGGCCGGGUCCAAGACGCUGGGCCUGCGUGCGCCCAGGGACAUUGUCAACGAGGUUCACAGCGAGGAGCAUCAGACGCGCGCCACGCGACGCGCCGCGGUGGUGGCCCGCGACGAGUCUACACGAAGCACAUUCGACACGGCGCUGCGCAAGCAGUUUUCGGAGAUGCCCACCGUGGACAGGGAGCAGGUGCUGCAGCGCGCGCUGAAGAAGCGCAGCGGCAGGGUGGGCAGGACGUCCAAGCUGGGCAUCGAGGACAAGGUGCGGCUGGCGGUGGCAGCACAUGUACGGCACAUGCACACGGAUUAUGACAGGCUCGUCAGGGGGAAGACUAGCCGCGAGGAUGCGAGAAAGGCCGUGUAUGGUGCUAGUAGCUCAUAG